AUGGGUCUGGACACACCAGACCUGCAAGGAUCGUCAUCUGCCGACCAAACACCACCACAAGCAGACAAGGGCAAAGGCGUCGCGCGCGACGACGACUUGGAGAGUACUCGAUCGUCUUUACAACCCACCCACGCAAUGGAAGGAGGUCCAGUCAACCCUCCUCCGGGCUUCGGCCCCGAACCGCCGGCAGCAUUUUUGCUUCCCGCCGCCGACUAUCUUCCUCUUGCCAACCGUUAUUUCAAAGAUGCCAUCUCCUUAGCCGAAGGCCUUUUGUGGGGCUCCCACUCGCUGCGCCUCUCCGUCAAGACAGAAUACGCUUCGUUUUUGUAUGAAUGUGUGCACGAUGCCGAGGGUAGCCGUAAACUCGCAAAGGACACAAUCACCGAAGUCUAUGAUGCCCCCGAGGGUAUUGACAACGACAUGUUCAGCGAUGCAUGCGAGCUCGUGACAGUUCUCGGCAAGAUGAUGAAGCGCGGUCUUAGUACAUCCUCGCGGGCAAAGGGAAGCACAAGGCAGACCCAAUCCUCCAGCUCUAGAUCGCAGCAGCAAUCCCAGGGGCAACCACGUCCACCGCAGCAACAACAGCAGCAGCAACGGUCGCCGCCCCGGCAGCCAGAAACCAGAUCGGCCACAAGAGCGAAUGUACCGCCGCCAAUACCCCCUACAACCAGUGUUCCCCUGCUACACCCCGACGAAAUGGUCGAGUUUAUCUGA